AAAAGAGAGAGAUGGGAGUGGGUGUCCAUAAAUGGAAUUUCAUAAAAAGUCCCUCAAAAGCUACAAAAGACCUGGACAUGCUUUUGGACAGGGGGUAGUGGAAAUCAUGUUGACUCAUCACAGGAGUCACAGUGUAUCUGCUUCGACCUCACAAAAAUAACCCCAUUCCAUUCCCAUUCUAUACUCUAUUUCCUACUUUCUCUUUCCUUGUCUCACUUUUUAGUUACCUCUGCUCUUCAAAAUCAAAACCCACCAUCACCUUCUUCCUUCCCCUCCCCCAUUCCAUUUCAUUUUCACUCACCCCCUUUUCUUUUAAAGUUCUUCACUUUGGGUUCCCGAGAAAGCCUGCUAAAACGAUUGCUUUUAUUUUCCUGCACUUUCUUACCAACCAAACCAAGCGUGUUCUGUCAUUGAUUUCCUUAGUCUCUGCAACUUGGGAUUCUGAUACACAUCAAUGGAGUCUUGGAAUUUCGCUGCGGAAGGCAAAGCCCUUUUGUUUUCUGACGACAUAGAUUGGUCUGAUGCAUUUUCAAGAAACAGAAAAGCGUUAAUUCAAUGCGAAAAUGGGCUCGUUCCUGGUAGAGAAUCAGUGGAGAGCUUGGAAUACAUGGAGUUGGGUUUCCCUGAGAUGUUGAGAAAAACUAUUCAGAAUAGCCAAGGACUGGAAAUGUUAUGUGGUGGUGGUGGUGAGGUGGGUAAUGGCUCCAUUCACAGAGCAGCCUCUCCUGCUUGCUUGAUUUCACCCAACUCAUCACUUGUUGAAGAUGAAUCUGGUUCAAACUCUAAGGUUUCGAGCUCUUUUAUGGAAUCUAAUAGCCAAGAUUCACCAUUGAUUGCUUUGAAGCUAGGUAGGUUCGGUGAUUGUAGAAACUCACAGAACAAUGAACAUUCAAAAGAUAAGACAGUUUCAUCUCCUUCCUUGGUUGUCAAGAGAGCCCGGGUAAGGGGUUCAUAUUCUCAAACUCCCUUUUGUCAAGUUCAUGGUUGUAAUAUGGAUCUUAGUACCUCAAAAGAUUACCAUAAGAAGCAUAAAGUUUGUGAUGUUCACUCCAAGACCUCCAAAGUCAUUGUUAAUGGCAUCGAGCAAAGGUUUUGCCAGCAGUGCAGCAGGUUUCAUCUACUAGCAGAAUUUGAUGAUGGCAAGCGCAGUUGCCGUAGGCGCUUAGCAGGGCAUAAUGAACGUCGAAGGAAGCCUCAAUUGGAUGGUCUCUCUGACAAACCACAUAAGUUUUCAAAUGCUUAUCAAGCAGGCACCAGAUAUCUUGGAGCGUCCUUGCAAAAGCGAACACCGUUUGUAUUUUCUGAUAUACUUCCAGGUGUCAUUCUGUCUCCUGAAAAAUACGAACAAGCUAACCAGUUUGGACACAUCAAGUUUGAAGAGGAGCCUAUUUACAGUCCCCAGUUAACAGCACCUGUCAAGAGUACCCAAAUGUUUUCGAAAUCUUUAAUCCAUCCUCAUUCUUCUGGAGUUCCUUCAUUGGAAAAUGACGACUAUAGUUUUCAUACAGCAGCAACCAUUCACAAACCAUAUGGGGCCUCAAACUCCGCUUGUGCUCUCUCUCUUCUGUCAGUUCAAUCACACAACUUCUCAAGCCACUCAGCAGGAAUUCCAAACGAAAGUCCCAUGAUUAUUCCAGGUGCCCAUCAAACAGCUGGUCAACUUUCAGAAAAACCUCUGAGGUUAAGAUCAAUGGAAAGGCAUGGACAAAAUGGAUUCUAUUCUUGCGGGACGAAUUCCAUGGGAGUAGACCAGUUUGAAUCUGCAGUGUUUACUGAAUCCAAUCACGCUGCUGACUUUGAAGCUGCAGAUAGGAGUUCGCGAAAUUCUGACUGUUUUGAUACCAAGUAUUCUCUUUCGCCUGAACAUGAAUCAACGGUCGAUUUGCUUCAAUUGUCAUCCCAUCUUCAAAGGGUGGAACAUCAGAGAAAUUUUAUACCAGUAAAGCAGGAAAAUGAAGACUUCUGCUGUUUCCAAACUGCUUAAAGAAUGCGAAAGCAAGAGGUUAAUUGGAGAUAGUUUGUUGUGGACUCCAUCAGAUUUCCUAAACUAACUUCAUUGGUGCAAUAUAUAAAAAAAAAAAAAAGAAAAAAAAGAAAAAAGGGAGGCUGUAGCUUUAGAUGCUACCUGUAGUGACUUUUUUUUUCCUUUGCAGAAAUGAAAUUUACAAAAGCGACAUCCUGUUUUUGCUUAUCUAUAUUGAGAUGAUUAAGAUAAUUUUACUAUCUUAUAAGUACCUUUAUUCA